AUGACGAAGGAUUGGCGAUGGAGCUUUUACGUCCUGCUAUGGCUGGGCGGUAUCUCGGCCUGCCUCAUGUUCACGAUACCCGAGACAUAUGCCCCGAUUAUUCUCAUGCACAAGGCGGAACGAAUUAGAGAGGCCAAGAUCCCUGGAUACGAGGAUGUCAAGGCGCCCAUCGAGGACACUGAUCGGUCUCUCCUCAAUGUCUACAAGAUCGCUCUGACCCGACCAUGGAUCAUCCUUUUCGACACGAUAUCAUUCCUGUGCGCCAUUUACAUGUCCAUGGUCUACCUCCUUCUCUACAUGCUGUUUUCCAUAUAUCCCAUUGUCUUCCAGGAACAUAGGGGCUGGAAUCCUGGCGUGGGAGAGCUGCCCCUGAUCGGGACCAUCUUGGGUGCUUUCCUCGGCGCCGGCUUCAUAUUGAUCGACUCUCACAAGCAGGCGAAGAAGGUCAAGGCUGGCAGAAAGAUGAAGCCCGAGGACCGACUCCCUCUUGCGAUGGUCGGUGGGAUAGGAUUUGCUAUUUGCAUGUUCUGGUUGGCUUGGUCUGCUAACUACAACUCUGUUCACUGGAUCGUGCCAACCAUGGCCGGCGCCUUCUUGUCCACUUUUAUGCUUCUGAUCUUCGUUGCAUAUCUAAAUUAUCUCGUCGACGCUUACUUGAUGUAUGCCGCAAGUGCCAUUGCCGCCAACACCGUGUGCCGAUCAGCAGCGGGCUCCACUGCUCCGCUGUUCACGAACUACAUGUUCGAUGCGCUCGGCGUCGGCGGCGGCGGCUCUCUCAUCGGCGGCGUCGCGGCGCUGCUGGCUAUCAUUCCUUUUGCGUUCUACAAGUACGGCGAGCGGAUCCGAAUCAAGUCACGGUUCGCGCCGACAGGGCUGAAGCCGGAGCCUCCCAGUGACGAAGAGAAGGCAACCUCUCGUCAAGAGGAGUUCAUGCGUCCCGAGAGCCGGGCGUCGUCCAGUUCUUCAUCUUCUGCGGCGGCGUCCUUUUCGUCGAGCACACUUGCAACUGACAGGGAAAGAAAUGCUGGCUUCGAGAAGGAGAGGAGAAAGGAUGAGGACGUCUCGCAGAACGAGCUGGGGGAACCUCGAGACGAGAAUGUGGCUUUUGGGAAGGAAUCUAAGGGUUAG